AUGGCCGCUGCAACUGGAGCUCCAUUGCCACCACCUGAAUCUAGCCAUAUUGCAGACGGACCAGGACCUGUUGUCUUGGUGGCCAUUGGCAAGACUGGACAAGGGAAAUCAUCCUUAUUGAACCGAAUCAUGGGCACAAAUGAACUAAAAGCGAGUGCAUCUGUUCGAGCAGUAACCAAAGGAAUUGCUGAGCGUUCAGGUUGGGCUCGUUUUGAGGACAAUCGUCGAUUCUUGGUGACUGUGGCGGAUACACCAGGUCUAGCCGAUACAGAAGGAGACGAUGAGAAGAACAUACCCAUUUUGAAGGAUUAUAUCCACUCAAUCGGCUCCCGUCUUGGAGUCUCCGCAUUCUUGUUGGUCUUUAAGAUUAACUCGAGUGUGGAUAUCAUCAUGACCAUCCUCAAGACUUUUAACGAUAUCAUGCAGGAGUUCCCCUAUGUCUGGGAGAACGUGAUUCUUGUCUUUACCGGUUGUGACUUUAAGCGAGAUCGAGAGAUUCUAGAGGCAAAGCAACUGAUGACCACAGUUCUCCAGCAACAGAUCCGAGAGCAUAUCCUUAAAAAGCUUCCUAACCGCCCAGCCGCGGUCAAUGGGAGCUCUACUAAUAAAUCUACAGGAGGAUCCACAUCACGCUCCACCACUAUGGCUUCCUUUAACUCUUCUUCUUCCACUUCUUCUUCUUCUUCUUCCCCAUCUGUAUCAACGUCCAAUAGUUUCACAAAGCCACGUUCUGCAACCACUUAUUCCCCCUCUCUCUCUCCCGUAUCCGAUUUUGAUGAUGAUACAGUACCAUCAAUACCGAUGGUCUUCUUAACAACGGCUGAAAACAUCUGUUCCUUUGCGUUGGGGGCCGGAAAAUGUGAUUGCGAUAAGCACUCGGAUUAUCUCAAAGUGACUAUGAAGCGUCUUUGGAAUGAGGUCCGAAAGACAAAACGGUGGGUGAUCCAUGGCGAUAAUGAAGACGAUUUUAUCAACCAUUCUUAA